AUGGCGAUUGACGAUGAUCCACUCACUGCCGGUUUUGGCAGCCAGCUCCAUAAGAAACGCAAAACCACCAACCCCCCAGAACCAACCGGCGCGUGGCCUGGGGGAAAGAAGCGCAAAAAGAAAGCCAGGUCAACACGACCCAGAUUCGCACCGAAAAGAAAAUACAAGAAGUCCGCAUUGGCUAAAGUAUUUGGCGCUGCGCCCGUCUUGAAUAAUGGAGAAAGCGGGUGGACGCCGAUAAACCUCCAGCAUCGGCCUCCCUGGCGCCAAUUCAGAACGGAGGAGGCAAAGAGAAAUGAGCAGCGACGCAGGCUCUUUGGUUUCGAUUCGAACCAGCUUCAAGCUAUCGACGCGGUCCCAGCUCUUAUCAACGAAGAGACGCCAUUGCUGAAACUAGACAACCCAAUCCAUCCAAUCCUUGCGCUUCGACAUUGGAGGACUCGUGAAUUAAUGCCAGCAAAUCGUGCGUUUUGGAGAAUUGGCAAUGGGAGGCCUGGGUACUGGGAGGCACAGAACCCGUUGGUUUGGGAAAUAUUGGAACCCAUCCUCAAGUUGGCAUCACAGUUUCUCACAAAUUCUCACAUUAGCCACUGGUGGGAUUCACUACUACAUGGAGAGCGCAGGGUCUUCAAGUCGCCAUUUAUGAACGGCCUGAGAACCAUUCACAGGCGCCCUGCAGAGGUGUUCUACGCGAAUCGAGCGAAAGUACGCCGUGAACUGGCUGAAGCAAGUGGUCUCAUCAGCUUUGGAAUAGAAAGUGGGGUUGUAAAUACAGUCACUGGCCUGGGCCCUUCGCGGCAUGAUCCUACAGACAAUGAUCAAUACUAUCACGCCUUUACUGUGAAGCAUGAUAUACUCGGCGUUGAUCCGGUUGAGAUUUCGCUGGCCCAUCACUUAUUUAAACCUUUUCUUCGAGCGAAUUUGACACAAGCCGAGAGAUUAGGGUUGCAGUUUUUUAUAGCGAGUACUAUCGUUCAUGAAAUAGGGCAUGCUAUAGGUGAUCUAUACCGGAGGCAGAACAGUGACAUUGAGGGAAAAUACCCCUGGGAAGAACUCUUCUUUGAGGAUGAAGCUCUGGCAGAGUACGGCUAUUCAGUAACCAUGGCGAACAUGAACUAUAUCAUAGACAGGGUUCCCAUGGAACCAUCCCCUCUCAGUUACUUUGCACACAAGUGGCCCCGGCGCGAUGGCGAUGACAUAAACCGCACGACCAUCAAAUACCCUCGCCCACUAGAGAGCUACGAAGAGUUAAAGACAUACUAUCCCAUCCAAUAUCACUACUUUCACGACCUUGCACGGAAAGAUUUUUGGUCCAGCUUUGUCCGAGUCUACGGCGAGACCGGACAAGCUUUGCACCUCGGUCAGCUUGCCUCCGGUUCCCAAUUAUCCACUGACGGAAUCUCGCAGAGGUGGAGGUGGCUGUCCCCGCCCUCCUAUGCACCAGCUCUGCCUCUCAACGGAAGUUCUCAGGACAGCAUAAUUGCUCAUGCCAUCCAGACGAGGCGAAUACAGAACCAAAGCCUUGCGAUCACGGCGUUAACAACAAUUCGCGGAGCCUUGUCUGACUGGCGCGCUAAAUUUCUCAGUAAGAAGGAAAAGCAUGAAUGGUACGAAACACAACGCGAAAGGGAGGAAAUGGGCGUUGAAGGACUUCCCCCAGAACCAGACUCCCCCCUCUCUGUCCUCACGGCCUUGUCCUCCGAUGUUUCCGACCCUGAGGACCAAUCUGGCAACGAAUCGGACUUUUCACACGAACCGUCCACCUCCAAUGCAGCGCCAGAGCGGUAUGAGUAUAUUCACAGAUCGCUUUGCAACCUACGUCUCGUUUUAGCGCUAGACAGUAUGCACAACCGGGUGCCCAUAAACCUACUUCUAGAAUACCUAAACCGUGAGCUAAUACGGCUGCGGCGCAACGUCGUCGGUCCGGAAGAAUUUGAACAAUAUCUCCGCCACAUCGCAAUCGAGAAGAAGAUAUGCUUCAAUUUAUUCAUUCACCACUUGGGGGCAAUUGAUAUUACCAUCCUCUCCACCGGCUGGCCCAGCGACCAAGAACUCCUUCCGCACCCCCGACCCCCGCUUCCCCCACUCUAUCGUGACCCCGCCUACUUCGCAACUGAUAUCUCCGACUUCCGCCUCCUCAGUCUUGAUCAAGAGAUGUGGAGGAUGCGAGAUGCGCCUCCACACGCACCCCGCUUCAUGUUCGUCGAUAUCGAUUCCGAAGAUAUACGAACGUACUUUAACAGCUUGGGGGAUGAACAAAUGGAAGUCGAUGCGGACGUGUUUGCACAUAUUGUUGCUGCGUGUCCGGAUCUGUGGGUGGCCGGGCCGCCUGGGAUAUUAAGGUUUGUCGGACCCGAACAAUGGGAAGGGGCAAAAUUGGGGAAGUUUUGGGAGCCUCCCAAACCAAAGGAUACAGAGAUGGUAGAUGUUAACCUUCCGGGUGCGAUAUUCGGGGGGGCGGGGGUGGAGACGGAGAUGUAA